AGAAGAGGAGGAUUUUCAGACUGAAACCUCAAACCAAACAUUGUGUCAAGAUCUGAUAGAGUCAUCCAAUUCAUCAGGACCUGAAUAUCAUCGGCCGUUGAAUCUGGAAGGAGAAAUGUUUGUCUGUUCUGCCUGCUCCAAAAGGGUUUCAUCAUCAGUGUGACUUGGUAACAACUGAGACACACACACCCAAGUGACGGUGUUCCAGUGAAAUGAGUGUGGAAAGAGCUUUAACCAGUUACACAGCCUGAAAAUAUAUCACACUAUUCACAGCGGGGUGAGGCUGUGCACGUGUUCUGUGUGAGGACGAGGCUUCAACUGAUCAUCAAACCUGGAGAGUCGCAAGGACAACUGCUUCAUGGAGAAGCUGUGGAAAUGUGGGGACUGUGGGAAGGGUUUCCGGUUCCCGUCUGCGCUGGAAACUCAUCGACGCAUUCACGCUGGGGAGAGGCCGUUCACUUGCUCUAUGUGUGGGAAGGGAUUCACUGAUUCAUCCACCCUUCGGAAACACCAGCAUGUUCACACUGGGGAGAGGCCGUUCACCUGCUCUGAGUGUGGGAAGGGAUUCAGGGAUUCAUCCCACCUGUUGACACACCAGCGAGUUCACACCAAGGAGAGGCCAUUCACCUGCUCGGAGUGUGGCAGGGGAUUCAGUCAUACAUCCCACCUGCUGACACACCAGCGAGUUCACACGGGGGAGAGGCCAUUCACCUGCUCUGUGUGUGGGAAGGGAUUCAAUCAGUCUUGCAACCUGGUGAUGCACCAGCGGGUUCACACUGGGGAGAGGCCACUCACCUGCUCUUUGUGUGGAAAGCGAUUCAAUCACAUCCAACCUGCUGAGACACCAGCGAGCUCACAGUGGAGAGAGGCCGUUCAUCUGUUCUGAAUGUGGGAAGGGAUUCACUGAUUCAUCCAACCUGCUGAGACACCAGUGAGUUCACUCUGUGAGAGACCAUUCACCUGCUCUGAGUGUGGGAAGGGAUUCAGUCAGUUCUCGAGCCUGUGGAAACACCAGUGACCAAUGGAGAAGCCAAUCGCCUGCUCUGAGUGUGGGAACGGAUUCUCUCAGUCACCACACCUGCUGACACUCCAGCGAGUUCACAAGUGAUUACAGGGGUUGGAUUCUGCUGUUAUUGUUGCUGUUAAUCACAUCCAGGACUGAACCAUGUUCAUUCUGACAGUUGGUGAAGUGGGAGGGUCGGAGGGUUUCUUUCUGCUGGACUGGCCGAUCUCACGACUUUGCUUCCAGUGGCUGAUGCUCUUUGAGCCUUGGAGUGCCCGUUUCCAGUGAAAUAAUCCACAAAAGCUGAUGAAGCACAUUUAUUUUAUCCUGGUAGUAAAUAGUGUUUUUCCUACCACUACAGGUAGAUCUGAAAUAAAUGCAUUUGUCUCUGUUCCAUUGAGCCUCGAGGUUGGAGUGAGGAUUUAUGAGAAUGACAUGAGUCAUCAUUUAAAUGGUGCAUUCUCCAAGGCAAUGCAUCCACCAAUCAGAGUUCAUUUGCCAACCAAUCAGUACUGUCCUCUCAUGUGAAGUAUAAAUUAUUGUUCCCUUUCCAGUUGGUAUUCUUGCGAAUGUUCUGUUGAGUGCAAGAUGAAAAACUUCGAUGUCUCUUUUUUCCGCAAUUACUGUUUUAAUUAACAAACAGUAACAUAUGAUUGAAUAAGUAGUGAGCCAUAAUUGAGUUACAGUUAAUGAAUCAAGAAUGAAUCAGUAGUUAUGGUAAAAGACUGAGCUUUAUUUGCUGUAUAAAUGUAAAAGCUUAAUUGCUGUGUAUGUAAAGAAUGUGCAAUGAAGAUAAAUGUACUGACAAGAGAGACCUUCUCGCUCUGAUUGUCCUCAACAUUUGAUUCUGUAUGAAUAAGGGAUUGGAUAGAAUCAGAUAAAAGGAUAGUGAAACAGUUCUAUUGUAUUCCUGUCUAAGAUAAUGAGAGGAGGUGGUGUAAGUAAUUGAGGAUCCAAUUAAUUUAACUAGUAACCAAAUUGACUAAACGUCAUGUUGCAACAGGCCCAACUCUGGCGUGAGGUCAUGGUCACUUUGGGGAUAAAAGUAGAGGUUCUGAAGGUCUUCCUUGCUGGCCAAGUACUGAAGACUCCCGAGGCUGAGUUCCAAGGAAAUUACUGUCAGAGAAGGAGCCAGACUCCCGAGGGCGAAUUCCACAAGAAUUACUGUCAAAGAAGGGGCCAGAGAGGGUUACGCUUCUACAGACUGAUCACCCACAUGAAGUUGUAAAAGUCAAUGUCUUAAAGUUGUGAAGUAAACAUUUUUCUUUUAAUAAGUUUCUUUUUAAAUUUAC